AUGAGCAGAUCAAGAAAGGGUUCAACUGCUUCUAUAAGCUCAGGUACCUCUAGCAAGGCAAGAGACAUGAGGCGUCAGAGGAAUAAAGGAAAAAUUCGUGCUGGCAGCCCUGGUGAGGAGAUGGCCUUGGUAGAGCAUUUGAAGGGGAUGUCUCUUGUCGCUGGAGCAAAAUGUGAGCUUAAGUCUUUGUUGCUCUCCCUCUUGAUGCUUGGCAAGGAAGAUAUUGCAAGGAAGUUACAAAGGAUUGGAGAAAACUAUCAACUGUCUCAAAUAUCAGCAGUAAAACUUGCUGAAGAUGCAAUGUCAAGUGACAGGAGGUUUUCACUUGGCAAUCUAAAGUAUUGCUUUCACCGUAACAGGUACCAUUUUCUGCUUGCUUUGUGGUUGUGCGUGCUGAGACCUGUAGCUGAUAUAUAAACUAACUAUGGAAAUAUUGGUGAUGGCGAUGAAGGAGUGGGGGCAGCAAGAGAGAUUCGAUUGCAGGAAUUCAUGGAAGAGAAUGCAGAUAGGGUGACGACUCGCUCCUAUUCCAAGUUCAACUACCACACUGGCUAUGUCCCAAAGAGGGGAAAGCUCUCUGGAUGCACAUAGGAUGCUCUGUUUAUUUAUUUUGCUUGUGAAGAAGGGGUGAGGACAAUGGGUGAGAAAUUCACUUAGAGGUCAAUGGUGUUUUUGGGUGUUUUGGAGACCAAGUAGGGGAAUAAUGAAAACAUGGGAAACACACUCUUUAAUGAGGUUUGGACAUUAAGUUUUG